ACAUCCUCUUACAUUAUUAAGUGGAAAACGCACAUUAUUCGAUCAAUGUUAUAGGCGUAUGCUACCUUCUCUUUGCCUGUUUUCUAUAUCUAACACCAAUACAGUAUACUGUUUAAAAAUAAUGUAACUUUGAUCAAACCCAGACGUGAAACAAAACGCAUGUAGACAUCGCUUCGCAUCAGCUGUUGUAAAAAAAAAAUUAACGGGAUAUCGCGAAUGAAAACUGGUCACACCGACGGCCACAUCAAAAAACUGGGGGUCUGGCGUGACCCUGUUAUUUCUAUCCUGCAAUAAAAUAGCUGUGUAAUUUAAGAUAGUUCGUGUGUGCUUCGAACAGUGUUAUAUAGCAAAUUCUAGUGUAAUUUAUGAAGAAAUUAUGGAACGCGCGACGGGAACAGAGGUGUACGGGUGUGGCUCGCCCCAAACUACGGACAUAACGCUGAAUAUACAAACUACUACGGGUGGUAAUUUCUCCAUCAGUUUGAACUGUAAAAAUACAGUGGAUUACCUCAAGAAGUUGGUUUCGAAGAAACUAAAGGUGUCAAAAGAUAGAAUAUGCUUGCUGCAUCGCGAAAGACAACUGAGAGACGGCACGCUGGAAGAAAAUGGUGUGCUGGAUGGUGCGCGGGUGAUCCUCCUGCCGAGCGUCGAGACAGGCUUGCUGAGUCACAGGCCCGAAAACUCGGUGAUGCAAGCAUUAGAAUCCUUAAAUGACACUCAGGUUAAUGAUUUCUUAAGUGGUAAAUCUCCACUGAACUUGACGAUGAGGUUAGGUGACCAUAUGAUGCUGAUACAACUGCAGUUGUCCACCCUCAACUCGGGUUCCAGUGGCUGCCGGUCUUUGAGAACUUCCACACCUACAAAAAGCUCUGCAACACCACUACGGACCGCUAGCUCCUCCAGAUGUGAGAGCAGGGAUUCAGCCAGCCCUCAGACAGUAACACCACCAACCUGUACUCCUGUGCCCUUAGAUCACACUUAUCUAACUGACGUGAUCCCUCCAACUGACCCAACUCAUCACUGCGGUCUAAAGAAGCAAGACAUUGAAAUGCUAAAAAACUGUUUUGAUUUGUAUCGGUCAAUGGCUGCAAAUGAUAAAUAUAAUGAAAAAAUUGCGAAUCAUGAAGACCUUGAUGACUUAUCAAAUGAUGCAACCGACACUCUUAUGGAACCUUCUGAUGAAUCCAUGGAAAAUGAACAAUCCCCCAUAAAAUCCUUGUCAAAUCUGGUGUCCAGUCCUAUAGAUACUACCACUCAGGAGAAUAACACUGCCCUUGUAAAUACUGUGAAAAGUAACUUGAUAGAUUUGUUAAAAAUGAGUACUAAUGAUGUGAUACCUUCGACAAGUGCCAUCCUUGACAAGCAGUGCCCUUCUACAUCCUCUCACACCCCCGACAGCUCACUCAGUGAUGACAGUGAUAACUUUACAGACCAAAGUUCAUUUCUUGCUGAGAGUACUAUAGAUGAAUACCCCAUGGAGAAUCUCUUUAACAGUGCUGUUGACAAAGGCUUGUUUGAAGAUCAAGAUGAGUCUAUGAUGGAUAGGGAAAUAUCAAAUUUGGCUACUACUAGUCAUGGCAGUCAGGAUGCUAAUUCUGGCACACUUCCUUCUUUCCAAAGUAUAAAUGAGCCUUUAAAAAAUAAGCGCUUCCAAUACCUUCUCCACAAGACUUCCAAAUUUAAACAUCCUAUAGGGCAGAAUAAACAAAAGGCUUUCAUGCAAUCUGUUGUGAACAAACAUAAGAAAAGGAUGCAAAGCCGGCAAGACACGAACCUAUCCCAACCUUCUACCUCUAGGACGGAGCCCUACAUAACAAACUCUAGGAAAUUAAUUCUGCAGCCAAGUAAUGGACAGAGCAGCGACAAUGCCACACCAUCUACAUCAAAGCAAGUUGUAUUCAAAGCACCAGAUGCUCCAAAGAAGCCACAACGAGCAUCACCAACACCGCCUGUGGAUACUAAAGCUCUUAUAGAAGCAUCCAAGAACUUGACUCAGAAACUAAAGAAGCUGUCUAAAGAGGUCCUUACCAACAAGAUUGAUUUGAGGGCAGCUGAGGAGACUGUGUGCAGAAAGAUUGGACCUGGAGCUGUGAUAGAGUCCAUGAAGCAUCAUGGCAAAGGAAUUUAUUCUGGGACAUUUUCUGGUACAUUAAACCCUGCCCUGCAAGAUAGAUACGGCCGACCAAAGAGAGAUAUAUCCACAAUAAUUCAUAUACUAAAUGACUUGUUAUGUGCUACGCCACCCAUCGCUUUAGCACAGAAGGAGACGAGUGCCUCGUGCUCGUCGUUCGCGGCGGAGGAGUCGGGCGCGUGCGCGGAGUGCGCGCAGCCGGGCGGCAGUCCCGCGGGGCCGGCCGCGCCCGCCGCGCCCGGCAGUCCCGCGGGGGCCGCGCCCGCGCGCUGCGCCGAGCGCGCCGGCUGCAGCUGCCGCCGCCUCGAGCCCACGCUGUGCGGCGCCUGCGUCGGGAACACCUCCGGCGAGAUAUGCAAGAAAUGUGAUACUGCUAAAACCUUAGCCUUGGAGAACUCCAAAACUAAAUGUAAGCUCGAGCAACUGAGGCUUGUCAUGCAGCAAAAGAAACAGAGGCGCGAAGCGAGGAAACUAAAGACGCUGCCUUAUACCAACUCGCCUUCCAAAACGUUAGCGUCGCCUGAACAAGCGCCGGUCUUACAGGAAGAAAUAGAAACAGUUGCCUAACAUCCAACUCGAUCCGCGUAAAUUAUUAUCCGCGCUUCUAGGUUUGUAACUGUACUCCGCCAUCUUGUCUUGCUUUUGUAUGGAAAUUACUAAUGACUUCAGUCGCCACAUAAAAGGUAUCUUAUAGUUUAAUGGUAUGCACGGGAUGUGUUUCGACCGCAUUGGGGACGUGAUAACUAACAAAUUGUAACGUUAUCUUUGUGUUAUUAGUGUUCCGUGUCGACCGCGCGUACCUAAACCUUUCUCAAUGCGCUAUGACAAUGAAGUGUUUCAAGAUUUGUGUUACGCGUGUGCAUUUCAAAUGUGGACUAAUGUUUUCAAAAUAUACAAAAUGCGAAUUUAUGCUAAUAGUUUAUUGUCUCACGAGUGACUCUCGAAUAAUUUGCGAAACGUUCACUCUUGCCUCGCAAAUGUUGUGUUCGAAACGAUAUUUUUCCGAGAGUGAUGGAUGAGCAAAGUUUUAGGUAUGCGCUGACUCAAAAGUAAGACAAUCGCAGAUCAUAUUCUAAAUUACCAUUUAACUAAGUUUCGAUAGUAUGCCCAUAUAUUUAAGUGCUAUUUUACGCGUGUACAAAUGAUGAAGAUUGAUUAGCAAAAUCACUAGUUCUUAACUAAUGUAACCAGUUAAGGUCCACGACACACUUGCCUGGCGCGGCUUCAAAUUAAUUUUUGUUGUUAUAUUUUAGAUUAUAUUUUAUUGGUUCGAAGUUUUAGACACUUGUGUACCUAGUUUAAUUUUUUGAAAAUCACUAUUGAUUGAUAUUCAACAUACGGGGUUUAUUAGAAACUAACACUUUUUAUUAAUCCAUCCUAGAAAACUGUAUAAAUUUAGUACAAGUGAUCUAUAUCCCACUUUUUUUAGUUAAUAAUUGGCACUGUUAUUCUUAUAGUUAUUUUUUCUUUGUUUUCCUUUUCUCCUUUCACGGAUAUGUUGUUGAAGAUAAUAAAAAUGUUUCCUGCAUUACAUGUUUCGUUUAGUUUUGUUGUAUUUUUAUAUGUAAUUUUUUGGUUUACACGAACUAUUAAUAUAUUAUGUAAAGGAUACCAAUCCAUGUAAAAUGCAAUAUAUAACUUUGAACGAUCACAAAUUUACGAUCAUAGCAACACUAGAACUAGCUUUGUACAUACAUUAUUAUGCAAAAGUUUUAGUAGCGGUCAAGUGCUUUUUAUAUAUUCCAUCGAUUUUAUAAAAAAAAAGUUAACUUUCUAUUGCCUAGACAUAAUUUAGGGGUUUAUUGUGUAAUAUCUCUGUGAAUACUAUUUAGUAGUUAUAACUAGAGACCCAAUAUAAUAAACAAUAUGGCAGGUACGAAAAUAUUUGUGUAUAAAUAAUAAAAAUCAAAGUAUGUUAUUUAUUUAAGUUGACAUUGAGUUGCCCAUUUGAGUUCGUAUCUUGCGGGUACACGAUGUGAGACCAAAGAGGACAGUAAAUGAACUAGAAACACUGAAUUUGUUUAUUUCCUACAGUCUCACGUCUCGUAACAAAGACAUCAAGAUAAAUAUUGAACAUCUUUUGGGUAGUGAUGUACGACCAGUCUUCCGAUCGAAGUCCAGAGUGUGAAACAAUACGUUUUCCUCAAUCCCAUGAUGGUAAGGGACCAUGCUAUCCCGGCCAGGCUGUCAUACUAACGUCUCCAAAAACAAUAUUUCCUCCUUAAUAUACCGACGUUCCUACCUUACGAAGGCCAGGGUUGAGAUCAUGAUUGGACAGCGUCACACUCGAGACCUUUAUGUAUGACCUAUAACUAAAAGCAUAUAGCUAAUAGGACAUAAAAAAGUAACUUUACACCCAAACAUAUUUAGCUUCAUUUUUCGCACCGUAUUUAAUUGUGACUAGUAAUAAAUUAAGCAUUAGUAUUUAUGCAACGACAUGUUGACAUUGCUUACUGAGGACUGUUGAAACUGUCGGCCACUGCAUAUUGAUCACUAUUAUCGUUUCCCACCCUCACCAUCAGCACAGACAUUCGCUCGUCAGUCGUGAUCGCUCUCUCCUACUGGAGUGCCUCAGAGGGUACAUAAAUGUAUUUAGUGUUGUGCCAUACGUGUAUACUAAGUUCCAUAAUUUAAAUGUUUAUGGCACUAUUCCAAGUUCGAAUAUUCUGUUCGAUCUCUUACCAAUCAUGUUCCUAAGAUCUCAAUUUUAUUUUCGACAACUUGUAAUGUUUGGCGUCAAACUUAUUCGGUCUAUUGUUUUUGUAAAUACAUUUUGUUACCGUAUAAUUUAGUCGUGAUGAGUUUUUGUUAUAAGGUUUUGAGGGAAAAUCGUAAAUUGUUUUUUUUGUCCAUGUAUUUGCAUGUCUAGUAAGGAGAAUAAAGUUACAUAACAAAAGUAA